AUGUCAAUAUACAGUACAACAAUUAUUCGAAAUCACAAUGAUGGCCGUUUAUCUUCACAAAGUAAUUCAUCCCUGGCUGUCCUCACCCAAAGCAGCAGUCUUAAGCAUCAUAUGAAGUCAGAGAUGUCGGAGUGUGAAAAUAAUUCAUUAUUUAAAUCUCUAAGUAAAAUCAAAGAAGUAAAUAAAACCUAUGUUAUUUCAGCCUGUAAAAAAGUACAAGAUGCACCUCUCACACCUAACUUGGAAGGCAGGUUGGCACUUCAAAGAAGAACUAGAAAAAUUCAAGAACCACUUUUGCUUGGUAGUCAGCUUCAGGAAGAAACUGAAGAAACAGAACAACUCACAUUACAGCGUCGUAUAAGAUCAGACUCUCUGGAAAAGUAUGAGACAAAUAAAAAUGCACCAGAUAGAGUUGACAAUAAAAAGUCUACUUUGGAACAGAGCAAUAAAAAUCUAAAGACAGUAAAUGCUGAUAAACACUCUUUUGUUAAAUCUGUUUCCACUGUAUUUGAAAAUAUAGAACAAAGAAAAACAACUACUGAUGAAAAGAGCAAAGAAAAAUGUUCAGUUUCCAGUGCAGAAAAUGGAAACAUUUUACAUGAUAAAUGCUCUGUUUCUCAAGUAUUUGAGUCGCAAAGUCAAAAUGAAGUUGGUAGAUUAGGACACUCAACAGUAAUGAAGCCUAUUCAAAACACAUCAGAUAUAAAGAUAAAUACAACAGGAAGUUUAAGUAAUAGAAGUAAUGGAAAGGAAACAAUGAAAAAUAUACAUAAUAAGUUUCGAAGCUUGGAAAAACCAAGAACACCCAGACAAUGUAUUAUGGAAGAAAACAAAUUUACGCCAAAAUGGAGUACUCCUCAGGGGAGAACCUCAGCUUUGUCCAUUCCAAAAAGUAGGACAUGCUUUCAAAAUAUGCAAAACCAAAAAAGUAUACCUAAUUCUUUUCUUGAAAAUAAAAGGGAAAAAUCACAAGAAAAAACCUUAUUGAAAGAAGAAACUAUAAUUCACAAUACUUUUAGACAAUCAAAUCUUUUAAAGGUAGAGAAUAGUCAAGUGACUGUGGCUGUACGAGUAAGACCCUUCAGCAGCAGAGAGAAAACUGAAAAAGCAUCUCAGGUAGUCUUCAUGAAUGGCCAAGAGACAACUGUGCAAUAUCCUGACAUGAAACAAACAUAUAAUUUUAUUUAUGAUUUUUCAUUCUGGUCUUUUGACAAAAAUCAUUCUAACUAUGCAAGCCAAAUGACAGUAUAUGAGACAUUAGCAGUGCCACUCCUGGAAAGUGCUUUUGAAGGAUAUAAUACUUGUCUCUUUGCUUAUGGACAGACCGGCUCUGGAAAAUCAUAUACGAUGAUGGGAUUUGGUGAAGAAGUGGGAAUAAUUCCCAGAUUUUGUAAAGAUCUCUUUUCUCAAGUAGCCAAAAAAGAAACACAAGAGGUCUCCUAUCACCUUGAAAUGAGCUUUUUUGAAAUCUACAAUGAAAAAAUUCAUGACCUACUUGUUUGUAAAGGUGAAAAUGGACAGAAGAAGCAUCCUCUCAGAGUAAGAGAGCAUCCAGUUUCUGGACCCUAUGUAGAAGCUCUAUCAGUGAAUGUUGUGAGUUCUUAUUCUGAUAUUCAGAGUUGGCUUGAAUUGGGAAAUAAACAAAGAGCAACUGCAGCCACUGGUAUGAAUGAUAAAAGUUCCCGUUCACAUUCGGUUUUUACUUUGGUGAUGACCCAAACAAAGACAGAAUUUGUGGAAGAGGAAGAGCAUGAUCACAGAAUUAUUAGUCGUAUAAAUCUAAUUGAUCUGGCAGGCAGUGAGCGAUGCUCAGCAAUUCAGAAUAGUGGGGAGCGACUAAAGGAAGGUGUGAGUAUUAACAAAUCACUCUUAACUUUGGGAAAGGUUAUUUCUGCUCUCUCUGAGCAAGCAAACCGAAAAAGAAUUUUUAUUCCUUAUCGUGAAUCUGUUCUUACAUGGUUGUUAAAAGAAAGCUUAGGUGGUAAUUCAAAAACUGCAAUGAUUGCUACAGUUAGUCCUGCUGCUAGUAACAUAGAGGAAACAUUAAGCACCCUUCGAUAUGCUAAGCAAGCCCGCCUGAUAAUCAACAUUGCCAAAGUAAAUGAAGAUGUGAAUGCCAAGUUAAUUAGAGAACUAAAAGCAGAAAUUGAAAAGCUGAAAGCUACUCAGCGAAAUAAUAGGAAUAUUGACCCUGAACGAUACAGACGCUGUCAACAAGAAAUAACUUCCUUGAGAAUGAAACUUCAUCAACAAGAAAAGGAUAUAGUAGAAAUGCAAAGGGCAUGGAGAGAAAAACUUGAACAAGCAGAAAAAAGAAAGCUUCAAGAAACAAAGGAGUUGCAGAAAGCGGGAAUUACAUUCAAAAUGGAUAACCGCUUACCAAACCUUGUCAAUCUCAAUGAAGAUCCACAACUAUCAGAAAUGUUACUCUAUAUGAUAAAAGAAGGAAAAACUACUGUUGGGAAGAACAAACCAAACUCAGGUCAUGAUAUCCAGUUAUCAGGGGUACUAAUUGCUGAUGAUCACUGUGUUAUUGAAAAUUUUGAUGGCACAGUUAGUAUUAUUCCACUAGGAGAUGCAAAAACAUAUGUAAAUGGAAAACACAUCUCUGAAUCUAUAAUUCUACAUCAUGGUGAUCGUGUCAUUCUUGGUGGAGAUCAUUAUUUUAGAUUUAAUCAUCCAGUAGAAGUACAGAAAGGAAAAAUAUCAUUUUGUGGGGCUGUUCUUACAAAUGAUGGCCCAAAAGACUUUGAAUUUGCAAAAAAUGAAUUGCUUAUGGCUCAGAGAUCACAACUUGAAGCAGAAAUAGAAGAGGCACGAUUAAAAGCUAAGGAAGAAAUGAUGCAAGGAAUCCAGAUUGCAAAAGAAAUGGCUCAACAAGAGCUGUCUUCUCAAAGAACUGCCUAUGAAAGUAAAAUAAAAGCCCUGGAAAUGGAACUGAAAGAAGAAUCCGAGAGGAAGAAAAUGCAGGAAAUAAAUAACCAAAAGGCUAAUGACAAAAUACAGGAAUUAGAAAAAGCAAAGCAACAUCUCGAACAGAAAGUCCACGUUAAUAAGAAGCGAUUAGAAAUGGAGACUUUGGCUACAAAACAGGCCUUAGAAGAUCAUACUGUACGGCAUGCAAAGAUUCUUGAAGCUUUGGAGGCUGAGAAGCAGAAAAUUGUUAAAGAGGUACAGAUUCUACAACAGAAUCGGAAUAACAAAGAUAAAACGUUAACAAUUAAGCCUAAUUGGAAUUUCAUGAAGCUCUCAAUGAUGAUCCAAGAAGCAAACACCAUUAGCAACAAAUUAAGAAAGUGUUAUGUUUUUUGUAGGCAUGAUAUAUCAAGCAAAGGAAGUAAUACCGAGCCUUCUGUUCAGGUCCAGGUUCGUAAUAUUCAAUUGGGCAUUUCGACUUUCUGGAGCUUGGAAAAAUUUGAAUCUAAACUUGCAGCAAUGAAAGAACUCUAUGAGAGUAAUAGUGGUGUUAAAGGGGAAGAUAUCUUUUAUGACCCUGUAGAUGAAUGGGAACCUGAUUUAGCAAAUACAACAGUCUCUUCAUUUUCUAGAAGGAGGAGCAAGAGUUUGAUGAAGAAUAGGAGAAUUUCUGGAUGUUUACAAGAUAUAAAAAUUCAUGCAGUUCAGAAUUUGAAUUCUUCACAUUCAUCAGGCUUAAUGGAGAAAUCUAGCAGCAUUUAUUCAAACUCAACAGAAUCUUUUCUGCCUGGAAUUUGCAAGGAUUUGAUUGGUUCAGCAUUAGAUUUCCUUAAUCAAAGUGAUGAUGAGGAAAAGACUAUGGUGGACAGCUUAAUUACUAAUUUUCUUAAAAUUCAUACUUGUGUGAUUUCCAUUUCCAGAGCUUAUGAACAGCAAGAUGAAGAAAGUCAAGAUAACUUUUUUUCUACUGAUCGAGGGAUCCAGUCAUUUUGUAUACAGAUGACUUCUGCUUUUGAACAGCUUGUUGUUCUAACCAAACAUUGGCUUGAUGAUUUUCCACAGUCUAUUUCCAGACCUGAUGAUGACUUGACACAGGAAGUUAAAAAAUUGGGAGGAUACUUGCAAUUGUUUUUGCAGGGAUGCUGUUCAGACAUUUCCUCAAUGGUGAAUGAGUCUCAAAAGAAAAUGAUCCAAACCAUGCUACAGGCUGUAAAAUAUGUGGGACAGUUGGCAAUUCUAAAAGGAACCAAAUUGCAUCUUUCAGAAAACAGUAGGGAUGAAAUAGUGAAUCUUCAGGAGGAUUUCAUAAAUGCCAUUUGUGAUGGAGUACGUUUAGGUAUGAACAUUCUUUUGGAUUCUGGACUAGAAAAAAUGAGGCAGCUUCAGCAAGAACUCUUAGGAGAGUGCCCACAAAAUAAGGUUAUAGAAAAGAUGAAAACAAAUGCAGUGGCAUUGACCAGAUCCUUUGAAAAGACAAUUGCAGAAUGGAAAACGAAGGAUUUUAGAGCUCAAGCUAAAGAAGAGGAGUCAGUAUCUCAAGAUGUGAAGAAGUUAAUUAAUCUUGCUACUGAAUUCUUGAAGUUGAAGCAUUGCUUAGAGCAAAUUAGUCAAAUUGUUAUUUCUGCAUUGAAAGGAUUGGAAUCAUACAGUGAUGUUUUCCUGCUCAAGAAUUGUGUUGAAAAUAUUUGCAACUUGGUCAGGCAUAUCAAUGAUGACUUUAGUCUAUUUACACCACUUUCUGGUUCAACAAAUACCUAUGAUGAUGGAAUAUCCGAUAUUGCCUCCAGGGAAUUGCAGUCUCUGGCCAAAUCACUCCUGUCGGACUUUGAAUCUGAAGAAAGACUUGACUUGUUAAAAUCCAAGGAAAUAUGUAAACAAAAUAGUGAGGAUGAAGAAAAACAUAACCUAACAGGAAAUAAAUGUACUAGGAAUAAAGGUGUACCAAAACAAAUAUAUAAACUCCAAACACCAUCUUCUACUCAUUGUACAGGAGAAUUUUCACCCAGUAAUAUUCAGUGGGUAUAA